AUGUCUGCCCCUGCUCCAGCCAAUCGGAGGUCUGGGUUGGGUUCUCGCCGAUUCAACCCCCUGAAGGCGCUGCAGCCCAAACGCCGCUUGCAGCAAAUACUGGCGUCCUCGCCCGUCCCGGUGCCCAAGCCGGCGUCUGGGACAGGGACGGCUGCGUCAGGGGCCACGGCGCCGGUGGCCAUUCCUGUGCCCGCGCCCCCUGCGUUUGACUACUGCAGGUUCAUAGAGCUAGACUACGUCCCCAUGGAGACAGGCUAUAUGGUCUCAAUGCGUCCGACUAAAGGCUAUGCAUCGACCAAGUCGCCAACUAAAGGAUACGCUUCGACCAAGCGGACGCCGGCUGCGCCCAGUAAUAGAGAUCCCUAUGGCAACGCCUCCAUCAGCAGCAGCAGCAACUCAGGCUCUUGUAAAGGCAGCGACUGCAGCCCCACCAAAGGACGUCAUCAGAAGUACACAUCAUGUACGGACAACCAUGGUAUCCGGCCCCCUCCACCAGAGCAGUACCUCACACCCCUGCAACAGAAAGAGGUGUGUAUCCGACACCUGCGGGCCAGGUUAAAGGAAACGAUCAACACUCUACAAGACAGGGACACAGAGAUAGAUGAGCUGAGAGGCCAGCUUUACAGGAUGCAGGAGGACUGGGUUGAGGAGGAAUGUCACCGUGUAGAGGCUCAGCUGGCACUGAAGGAGGCGCGUCAGGAGAUCCAACAGCUCAAACAGGCUGUGGACACUGUGCGUGCCAGGCUCAGUGAUGCUGGGGGGCUCAGCGGGGACAUAGGGGUCCAGAAGUACUUCCAGGACAUAAACACUCAGAACCACAAGCUUGAGAACCUUUUGCUCAACAUGGAGUUAGCCCAGGCUGGAUUAGCCAAGGAAGGGGAAGCCAUACCAGGCUGUCGGACCCGUGUUGGGGGUUCGGCACCAGCCUCAGUAUCAGGGGAAAGUCCAGGGGGAAUACCCAAACCGGUAGUAGGAGGGCGGGGUUCUUGCUCCUGCGAUGGUUCCCCAGCCCGUUCUCUGACCCGGAGCUCCACCUACACUAAGCUGAGCGAUCAGGCGCUGGCGGACCGGAACGGCAAUGGCACUGACUUUCCCUGUCUGUCAGGUGACGGCACGCAGGACAGCGGCUUCGUGUGUUGUGGGGAGAGCAGCGUCCCCAGCCGGGCUGACCUGCUGCUGGAGGCUGCCUUCCUUUCUGAAGAAACAGCAUCUUUACUCAAUUCCUACACCCAGAUGCCGCACUCCUCCACCUAUGAGAAGCUGUGCACAGGCGAGCGACUGGCACCCUUUCGUUGCGGCCUGGGUGGAGUGGGAUGUAUGAGCCAUCCAUGCCUGUCCCACCAUCACCUCUACCUGCACCCCCUGCGGGAGACAGGCAUUCAGACAGAAAGCUGCCCCAUCCCUGCAGCAGCAGGCUACCCCUCUGAUCUGGAUACCAUUGCAGAGCAACGCACUUUCCGCUCCCAGGCCUGCAGUCCCACCUCCACCUGGAUGUCUGAUGAGGGGGAGGAGGAGCUGGACUCCAUCACCACCACGACUUCAGUAACCACAGCAACGGUCAUGAGUACGGCCACAGAGCCUAUUCCGGUCUCCAAAACGCCGCUGGUCCCUCCGUUACCACGCUCUGCCACUGUGGCGUUCUCCAUGGAAAGUCCUCUGUGUGAAGAAGGGCAGGAGAUGCAGAUGGGCUCAGCGGGAGGAAAUGAGGUGGAAGUUCAGGGUGCAGUGGAGGAGGCAGCUUCAGAAAACCUGUGCAAUACAGAGACAUCAGCAGGGAUGCAGGGUGAGCUUACGUUUGGAGGAUGCUGUGGAGAAGGCCGACAGGGUGGGACAACAGUGGAAAACCUCAGCAUGGAAGACAGACAACAAGAGGUUGGUCCGUCAUUAGGAUCAACUCAGGCAGAGGCGGUGUUGAGUCUGAGGUGUGCAGGAUUAUCACCAGGCGCAGAACAGCCUCACACCUCCCAGCCGAGGAGAUCUACUUCCCACGAAGAGAUAGCUGGUGUCACUGUAGUGGAGGUCCACGAUGAAGACGAUGAUGAAGAUGAAACUAAAGAACAAGGUGCCACAGGGGGCACUACAGCAGAUGAUGGAGAUCCGCCUGGCUCUGGUACAAUUCAAAAAAGCUACUGGAGUCGUCACUUCCUGGUCGACCUACUAGCAGUGGCCAUCCCUGUGGUGCCAACAGUGGCGUGGCUCUGCCGCGGCCCAGUCCGUGGUGGACAGCCCAUGUAUCAUAUAGGGUCACUGCUGCGCGGCUGUUGCACUGUGGCGCUGCACUCGCUGCGGAGGGGAAGUGGGUUGAGACAUUACCCCGCAGGCGGGGGAGACCUGGGCGGAUCGCUGAUAUAA